CCCCUCCGACAUGUCUGCGCAGGCUGCCUCCGUCUUAGGGAAGUGUACGCAUGCCAUCGUGCGCUGCAUCCCGAACUCGUUGAGCCAGCAGGCUCUCCGGAGCACAGACAGCGGGGAGGUGGACACCGCCAAAGCCCGGAGGCAGCAUGAGCUCUACACCCGGGUCCUGAAAGACAAGCUGGGGCUGCAGGUCAUCGAGCUGGAAGCGGACGACUCCAUGCCGGAUGCUCCCUUCGUGGAAGACACGGCGGUUGUACUGAACGAGACAGCGCUGGUGACCAGACCUGGGGCAGUCAGCAGGAGGAAGGAGGUAACCGCUGUAAAGAAAGCAUUGCAAGACCUGCAACUGAAUGUAGUUGAGAUGACAGAUGAAAAUGCAACAUUGGAUGGAGGCGAUGUUUUGUUUACAGGACGAGAGUUCUUUGUCGGUUUAUCAAAAAGAACCAAUCAGCGAGGUGCAGAAAUACUGGCUGAUACCUUUAAGGAUUAUGCCGUUUCCACAGUCCCCGUGUAUGACAACUUGCAUUUAAAAAGUUUUUGCAGUAUGGCCGGACCAAACCUCAUCGUCAUUGGCUCAAGCGAGCCAGCACAGAAAGCUCUCAAGACUAUGCAGCAAAUGAGCGAUCACCGCUAUGAUAAGAUGACUGUCCCCGAUGAUGCGGCUGCGAAUUGCAUUUACUUGAACGUACCGGGAAAAGGGCAUGUCCUCUUACACAAAGCACCCGAGGAAUACCCAGAGAGUGUCAAGGUCUUUGAGAAGCUGAAGGAUCACAUGUUGAUCCCCAUAGCCAGUUCGGAGUUAGCCAAAGUGGAUGGAUGCCUGACCUGCUGCUCCCUACUGAUAAACAAGUCACCUGACGUCUGAGCUUACGGACUCCGCCAUUGCCCUGGGCACCGAUUCUAUCCUGUGGUCACUUCUGUAAUGCCCUUUAACCUGACAAUCUACCACUGAGCUACUAAUACUAAGCGGCGCGUCUUGUGGGAAAGAA